AAAAAAUGUUAGAAAACAUCUGUUUUGCCCAAACUAUUCUUUUUCACUCUUGAAACUGAAUUUGAAGUUGAAGGCCAAGAGAAAAUGGCCCAUUACCACAAUGACUAUAAAAAGAAUGAUGAGGUGGAGUUCGUCCGAACUGGCUAUGGGAAGGAUAUGGUAAGAGUUCUUCAUAUUCAGCGAGAUGGAAAAUACCACAACAUUAAAGAGGUGGCAACUUCAGUGCAACUUACUCUGAGCUCCAAAAAAGAUUACGUGCAUGGAGAUAAUUCAGACAUCAUCCCCACAGACACCAUCAAGAACACAGUUCAUGUCUUGGCAAAGUUUAAAGGGAUCAAAAGCAUAGAAACUUUUGCAAUGAACAUCUGUGAGCAUUUUCUUUCUUCUUUUAACCAUGUCAUCCGAACUCAAGUCUAUGUGGAAGAAGUCCCUUGGAAGCGUUUUGAAAAGAAUGGAGUUAAGCAUGUCCAUGCAUUUAUUCACACUCCCACUGGAACGCACUUCUGUGAGGUUGAACAGAUGAGGGGUGGACCUCCAGUCAUUCAUUCUGGAAUCAAAGACCUCAAGGUCUUGAAAACGACCCAGUCUGGAUUUGAAGGAUUCAUCAAGGACCAGUUCACCACCCUCCCUGAGGUGAAGGACCGGUGUUUUGCCACCCAAGUAUACUGCAAAUGGCGCUAUCACCAGUGCAGAGACAUGGAUUUUGAUGCUAUUUGUGAUACUGUUCGGGACAUUGUCCUGGAGAUAUUUGCUGGACCCUAUGACAAAGGAGAGUACUCACCCUCUGUCCAGAAGACCCUCUAUGACAUCCAGGUGCACUCUUUGAGCCGGGUUCCUGAGAUAGAAGACAUGGAAAUCAGCCUGCCCAACAUGCACUACUUUAACAUAGACAUGUCCAAAAUGGGACUGAUCAACAAGGAAGAGGUCUUGCUACCAUUGGACAAUCCAUAUGGCAAAAUUACUGGGACAGUCAAGAGGAAACUGGCUUCGAAGCUGUGACAUUGUAGCCACCACCACGGGAAGUCUACUCUCAACUGAGGAAUUCCUUCAGCCUCUUGUGAUGCUGGAAAUCAUAGCAUGUAGCCAUGCAAAUGUUCAAACUAGAGUGUCGAUUUAUAGUGUUAAUUUUCCUCCUGUAGGAAAGAAUUGUUCUACUACUAGCUCAGCGAGGUGUUUUGUGAUUAGUAAUUAUAACAUGCGUGGUGGAUACAGUUUACUUCACAAACGCUAAGCAGUAUGAGAAGAAUCAUAAGUCAAUAUUUCCUUUUAGUUGUCUUGUGCCUUCCUAUUUUAGAGAAGUUUUAGAAUCAAUGUAUUAAGAAAAUAAUCAUGAAUUAAUGGAUGUGCCCUAUCAAGUAGUUUGUGCACAAAUUUAAGAGUAAGCAUUGUUUUCAACCUACUGAUGCUAAAACUUUGCUCUGGGCAAUGCAGAAAAUGUAAUGACGAAAUCAUAUUUUGAAAAGUAUCACCA